CGAACCCGAUACGACGCGCGGCUUCGCUUCACUUCGUUUCGCUUUUCAUGUAAUAUAAUUAAUCGUGCGUUAAUGGGAAAUACACUGUAAUUAACUCUUUUCGAUAAUAGUUUAAUCAUUUCGUUACUAAAUACGAGUUCGAGUAAUUUCAAGUGCGUCGAUAAUACGAGCCAUAUCGUAUUAAUAAAUAAUUAACGUGAAUUCAAUCGGACCUAUCUUGAAGUAAUAGCCGAAUAAAAAUUAAAAUGUUCAUUGAUCCGAUAAUGAACGUAAUUAGAAAGUAACGGGUUAACGCGUAUUCGCCAUAUCGAAAAAAGAUCACGUAUAUGGGACAUCGAGCAACAAGGGAGAAAAAGCAAAGGAAACAACGAUAAUAAGAAUAACAAGAGCAACAACUAAGAAGAUAGCUUAUUGAUAAAAUACAAAAGGAAUCAUUUGUACGGAGGAUUAAGUUUCACACUUGAAUAUCGUGUAAUUGAUUAUGGAAAGUUAGUUGAACGAAGAUGUUGAUGAGCGCGUGUCUACCCUUACUAAUCGUAACUACUUCGUUUAAUCUGAUACAUCCGACGGAUGCAUUAAAUACAACGACGAGCUCUUCGCAAAAUGAAAAAAGUGACGAGGAUGAUACGAGAGAUGUUAUCAGACGUGGAGAAUUCGUAACCGAUGUCCUUGCACAAAACGGUGGUAGUGCUCUACUUCCCUGCAAAUUCACCGAUUCUGGAAUAAUAACAUGGAUAAGACGAAAGGACAAACAGCUUUUGACAUUAGGAAAAAUCACCUAUUCCAUUGAUACGAGAUUUACCGUUCUACCGGAUAAACCUAAUUGGAAUUUAUGGAUUAGGAAUGUUAAACAAGAGGACGCUGGUAUCUACGAAUGUCACAUACAAACGGACCCAGGAAAACAACGAUUGAUACGUUUGAACAUUACCAAUGCCUACUCCGUUAUACCAGGAAGUCCAGAUUUACAUGUGAAACAGGGGUCAAAUUUACGUUUGGAAUGUCGAUUGAUGGCGUUCGCAGAAACACCAAGUUUUAUAUUUUGGUAUCGCGACGAUCGUAUGAUCAAUUAUGACGACGAGCCAGGGGUCAAGAUCGAGGCUACGAAAAAUGGAUCAGUACUUCUCGUUGGUAAAGUUAGAUUAUCCCAUGGUGCUAACUAUACUUGCUUACCGAGCAAUGCAAGGCCUACUUACAUCAGGAUACACGUUAUCGAAGAGGAAGAAAAUCCAGCGGCCAUGCACGAUAGCGGCGAUCGAAGAAGUUCAACGUCCAAUACGAGAUACGACAACCUUGUCUUCGUAUACUUCCUUACAAUUUUUUCACUCGGAACUUUCGAAUUAAUAUUUUCGAAAAAUUACUUAUCAACAACGUGACUGUCAAUUUCAUAUGUCGUAUUAUUUCAUAUGGAUCGUGCAUAUUGACGUAAGUUUUAUCAAAUAUUAUUGAUGAUCAUCGAUGAUCGUGCCAUUAAAAACAAGACGAUCGUUUUGUCGUUAAAAUGAUUCAUUAG